AUGGAGGGGGUACCGGUGGAGUUUAGGGCUCUUGACGUAGACUUGCCGGAGCUGCAGGGAGACACCGCUGAAAUUUCCAGAGCCAAAUGCCUGGCGGCUGUCAGCAAACACCGCAGCAGCAGCAGCAGCAGCAGCAGCAACGGCAGCAGCAGCAACGGCAGCAGCAGCGAGCUACCUGAGUUUGUAUUUACAGAAGAUACUGCGCUUUGCUUCAACGCCCUAGGAGGGCUGCCAGGUCCUUACGUGGACUGCAUCUUUGAAGAGCGCAGCUCAAAGAAGACCUUCGGAGAGAUGUCGACGGAGGAGAAGGCGGGGGUUUCGCACAGAGGCCGCGCAAUGAAGCAGCUGAAAGAAUUCUUGCUAAAGGCCACCGCUUAA